AUGAUCAGGGGUGCUUGGAUGUGUAAUGCCGUCCUGAAAAUCUGUUUUGCACCCACAGCAAACGAGAAACCCUGCGUCGAUUCACAGAGGGCAGAGAAAUGGCAAAUGUCUUUAGCGUCUCUGUUCCUUUUCGCUGUCCUCUUGUCUGAUUAUUUUUGCUCUUGCGCUGGAACGAAAUUGAGGAGCGGGGAAACAGCGGGCAGGAUCUGGAGUGACCCCGCUACGAGUCAGAACUUGGCGACACCAAACGAUCAGAGUCAACGGCAGGCUCAAUGUGAUCUGUCUCUGACCAAUUUGACUGACCCCGGUGAGGAGUUGGACAGAGCCUGUCGAUUAAUUCCCAAAGGUCUGGAUUCCGCCUGUCUGUGGUCUUACUUCAGUCAUCUUAGGCUGUCCUUCUGCCAUUCUUACACCAUUGCCGAUCUUUUGCGGGAUUAUGUUAACCCGAAUGGGUUAAACUGCAGUUUGGAUAUGCGGAUCAGUGAUGAUGGAGGGGCUAUGUCUAUCUGCAGUGAAUGCAUCAAGGCUUAUCAGAUGGAAGACCAACAUGCUCAGGAAAAAUACGAGGAGUUCGAAGCAAUGCUACACAAGUACUUGGAAUCGGGGUAUUCAGUCAAAUCUUGCUCGAGCGUCUGUAUGGCAGUCUACAAAGCAUGGCUGUGCUCGGAAUAUUUCAAAGCCACACAGCUGCUGUGUCCUCGCAGGAUUCCUUGUAAGCAAUACUGCCUGGAAGUCCAGGCCCGAUGUCCGUUUAUUCUACCAGACAACGAUGACCUAAUCUAUGGCGGAUUGCCAAGCUUCAUCUGCACAGGGCUACUAGAAAACCAUUUAACCAAUGCAGAGCCAGAAUGCUGUGAUGUCAGAUGGAACACCUGUGAUCUAUCCUGGGACAAAGGUUAUAAUGUAUCUACCAAAUCCAUGGACUCCAUGUUGCAUCAUAAGUCUUCACUGCCUGUCUCAGCAGCAUCUCGACUGUGCAACAGCAGAUUUAAGCUGUGUGUUUUGGUAUUAAUUCUUCUACACACUGUGGUGACAUUUACUGGUUUUCAGAACAAUAGCAGAGUUGGCAUGGAGACAGUGAGCGCACUGGACGACAGUUCCCCAAGCGAAGAGUAGAAAAAGAUGUCUUCUUACUUUCUUUUUUUUUCAACAGUUCGUACAGGGCCAUGGUACCGAGCAGCAAAGAAGCUCAAAGGGUUUUCAGAAGACCAUCCAAACAAAGAGCUGGGCUGCAGGCAGCCAUGCAUAACGGUGUGCAGUAAGGCUAAGAAAACAAUAAUCUGGCCAUGGCAGGUCCAGAAAUGCUUAUCUGCUCUGAUAAGGAUAGAUGGUUUAAAAUGUUACUCUACAGAGUCGGGCUACUGAUACAAAAUGGGUAAAAAUAAUUUGGUAAAAAGCAUAGCUGUCUCUGGGACAGAUACUAGAAGUAGAGAGUUACUGUAAAUUCCAUCUGUUCUACAUGUAGCUAGAAAGGUUUCAGAUGUAUAAACGCACUGAACAAUU